AUGACAAAAAAGUCACAAGUUUCCUUCUCUUCCAGAUACUAUCUCUUUUCGAAUGAUGGUCAAGAGGCAUGGGAGAGCGAUCGACUCACAGAUGCCCUCAAAAGAGUAACCUGCUCAGAAUUCGGUGUAGACCACAAAUUUGGAGUUUCCACCUACCGACACCUGGCUAUUUCUAUGGGAAGAAGGUUUUUGAAAAAGCCUUUUGAAGAUGAAGACUCCCAAGCCGAGGAGGAGGGCCUCGAUUUGCAAGCUGCACAUUCGAGUGCUGUAGCAGAUAGGUUUUAUCCUGUCAAUGCAAGUACUUUGAAUGAGUUGACAGAGAGCUCGAUGAAUAUAUUUGGAUUAAUCAGCCGCGAUUGGCACAAGCUUGUGUAUCCAAAGCAAAACUUAUUGGCUCAAAGUGAGGUACUUGAGGGGGUUACAGGAACGAAGACGAAGGACAAAAACCCCGAGAGUGUGGAGAGCAUUACACAAUCAGCGACUGCAGAUCUAGUCAGGGAGAUUGGGCAGGUAUCUGUACAGCAGAAAUCAAGAGGAUUGACCAAUGAAGAAACACACAUCCGGUGCAAUCAGAUACUGAAUGGGUUAUAUGGUAACGAUGCCAAAUUCAAGUCGGUAGAGCAGAAGGAGGCUCUCGCAGCUUUGUUAAAGGGGGUAUCACCGCUAGUCGUGGUACUGCCGACUGGUGGAGGCAAAAGUAUUCUUUUGCAGGGCCCCUCGCUGGAGCUUGGUGCAGGGGUUACAGUUCUAAUCUCACCAUUCAUUGCGCUCUCGCAGGAUAUUGUAAGGAGGGCGAGCACCCUAAAACUCGACUGCCAGCUGUGGGGUAAGGACAUGAAACAGGAUAGUCAAUUGUUAGUUGUUACAGUGGAGUCGGCAGUAUCGGCGAAGUUCAGACAAUAUAUCCGGAGAAUUAAGGAAGUUGGGAGAUUAGAUAGGGUAGUAGUAGACGAAGCACAUAUGCUUGUCACCAUGGUCAAUUUCAGGGAGUCAUUUACAAAGCUCGACUGGUUUACAGGCAUCGGUGUACAAUGUAUAUUUCUGACUGCAACCCUGCCAAGCUGGAUGGAACCCGAGCUGAGGAAAGCGGCAUUCAUACCGAGCUUUGCCUUGGUGCGGGCUAGAGUAUCACGAUCCAACAUCGCAUACUCAGUACUCACCGGCAGUAGAACAUCAAUAGAGAAGCAUCUCGAUGAGAUUAUGUCAGACUUCUCUAGUAACACCAAUGCACAAGCCUUAAUAUAUACCAGGUCUUGCAAAGAGGGUGAAAAUAUUGCGAGAACUCUGAAUUGCUCGAUGUAUCACUCGAGAACUGGUGAUAAAGAUGCAAUACUCGACGAUUUCGCCAAUGGGAAGAGUAGGAUUCUUGUUGCCACAACUGCAUUAGGAGCAGGUAUCGAUAUACCGAAUAUUACCUUGGUGGUACAUUUUAAAAUUCCCUAUGGAUUCGUUGACUUUUCACAGGGAAGUGGGAGAGCAGGUAGAAAUGGGAACACUGCUAGUUCUGUGGUAUUAGUAGCUACAGAUAAUAUCGAUAGUGAGAAGGUUGAUAUUAUGAGUGGUGACAGAGAGGCUAUGACAGCUUACUGCAAGACAAGCGACUGUAGAAGGAUAAAGCUUGGUGAGUAUUUUGAUGGGUAUGGUAUGAGGUGCAUAUUGGGUUCUGACGAAUUAUGCGAUAACUGCCUAAGGAAACUUCACCAAGGGGAGGAUCUAUACUCUGAGGAUGAGGAAGUGGCAAGCUUGUUUGCAAAGUCGAUUGAAUAUGUUCCAGUACCAAAUGUCGAGGAUAAUAACGAGAUAAGAACUUCACGAGCUUCUGGACUGGCAACACCGAGUUCGAGCACUUCAAUUCCCGAUGUACCCGCUAAGGUAAACAUCGCUAUUGGUGCAGCCACGAAGAGGUUAACUUGUGCUCAAGCCAAAGAAAAAGUAGCCAUCAAUUUCGGUGUAAAAUUAAGUGUCCCGAUCAACAAAUCUGUAAUCAACAUUGAUUCAGAAUCGGACGGGAAUGAUAAUAAUCAAAUGAGGGGAAUAUCUGCAGCUAGUGGAAGUAAUGAUGGUGCAAUGACCAGUGGCAAUGCAAGGAAAAGGCGAAGGACUACAAGCACCAUCGUUUCCUCGAACGAAAACGACGAUGACGAUACUCCAGUUGCGAUUCUUGAAAAACCUGUAAAAAAUAGAAGAAUAAUAAGGGUGGUCGAUAGGUAUGAGAUGUCCAGACUGCCAGCUGGUGCCCCAUCAAGUGUUAGCUUGCCAUUGACUGAUUUUGCAAUAAGUACUGGCAAUUCGCGCUCAAGUUCCUCGGAGGCUGUCAUUUCAAAAAACGUGAACCGGGCCUCACCAGAGUAUAAAAGCACCACAUUGCGGGUCAUAGAGGAGAUGAGGGUCGAAAGGGUUGCAUUGGCCUCCGAGUACUGGCACAGGAUAGAGGGAGCAAUGCCGAAGCUCGCUGGUUCAUGUGGGUACUGUUGGAUGGGUUCUCGAGUGGAAGCCGAGCUUGAUCAUCCAAGCAAGGAAUGUACUGGGAGGUAUAGUAAGCUCAGUUUACAGGGGAUUAGUAGUGACUAUAAUUCCUACUGGGAGUGGAGAAAUGUUGUGAAAUGCGAUCAGUAUGCCUGCUGUUUCCGAUGCCAACUACCUCAGCAUAUUUGCAAAGUUUCAAGGAGUAAUAUGGGUCAGAAAUUAACGUGCAAAUAUGGGCCACAUGUUAUCAUGCUAGUGGUAUAUGUUGCUCAAUUUAUCAGGCGAUUGAGGGUGAAGAUCAAGGGGCUUAUGGGUGUCGAAGUCUUUAACCCCGAUGAGUACACUGCUUGGAUUGGAAAGCUGGUCUGGGUUCAUGGUCAAAAAAGCACAAACCUCAUGAGGGUUUUCGAUAUGGCAAUCGAUAUUUAA